AUGAACGGCGUCGGCGACGCUCACAUGGCCGCGAUGAUGCAGCAGGCGCUGGGGAUGUCGCUGCCGAUGGCGGCGUUCGUGGCCGAGCAGGGCAGCGCCAAGCUGACCAGGCCGCCGGGGCUGCCGCCGACGCCGCCGCAGGCGUUCGCGGCCCUGCAGCGCGGGGACGUGUGCAUGGAGGCCGUCGACCCCGCGGCGCAGCAGCAGGGCCCGCGCAAGGCGCACCGGCGCUCCCGCAGCGACGUCCCGUUCGGGUACUUCCCGCCGGCGUCGGGCGUCGGGGGCCACGGCCACCACCAGCUGCUGCCUCCCAAGGUGGAGGCCAGCUGGGGCGGCCACCUCCACGGCGGCGGAGGCGGCGGCGACGACGACCUGUUCAACGCGUACCUCAACCUGGAGGGGCUGGACGGGCUCAACUCCUCCGACGACCGCCACGACGACGGGGACAGCCUCGGGAGCAGCAUGAAGACCAACGGCGCCGACAGCAGCGAGAACGAGUCGGAGGAGUGCGCCGCCGACAGCCGCGCCGGGAUCCGCCUCUGGACCGAGGCCUCCGCCGCCGCCGACAGGCGGGAGGGGCUCAAGAGGACUGCCGCGGGGGAACCGGCCGCCGCGCCGGCCUUGGCGCGCCACGCCAGGAGCCUGUCCAUGGACAGCCUCAUCGGGAAGCUCAACUUCUCCGCCGGCGCGACGGGCGCCGCCAACGGCGUCAUUCCGGGGCCCAACAUGUUCAAGCUCGAGUUCGGCAGCGGCGAGUUCACCCCCGUCGAGAUGAAGAAGAUCAUGGCCGACGAGAAGCUGGCCGAGAUGGCGCUCGCCGACCCCAAGCGCGUCAAGAGGGUGCUGGCCAACAGGCAGUCGGCGGCCCGGUCCAAGGAGCGGAAGAUGCGAUACAUUGCGGAGCUGGAGCAGAAGGUUCAGAUCCUGCAGACGGAGGCCACCACUCUCUCCGCCCAGCUCACGCUUCUUCAGCGUGACUCCGCGGGGAUCGCAACGCAGAACAACGAGCUCAAGUUCCGGCUGCAGGCCAUGGAGCAGCAGGCGCAGCUGCGUGACGCAUUGAAUGACGCACUGACAGGCGAGGUCCAACGCCUGAAACUCGCGACUGCAGAGCUCGGGGAUUCUUGCUCGUCCAACAAUCUAACCCAGCAGAUCCAAAUCAGCGUUCAGGAGCAGAUGUUUCAACUGCAUCAGCGGCAGCAGCAGCAGGCGACCCCGAUACCGGUCUACCAGCUGCAGCAGGCGCAGCAGAAUGGCGCAGGGAAGAAGCAGGAACCGCAGGAAUGA